AUGAAAUGGAACAUUAUCUUCUUGCGGUUUAACUACCAAUAUGUAUAUUGCGGGAAAGCUGCCGAUAUAUGGUCUUUGGGAAUAACGCUUUAUGCACUUGUUUAUGGAAACGUACCAUUUAUUGCAAACUCGAUUCCAAUUCUGUAUGAAAAGAUAAAAGCUGAUCCGCUGGCUCUUAAAGACUCUCCAAGAAUUAGUGAACAGCUAAAAGACUGUAUUUUUAAUAUACUGAACAAAAAUCCUUCCUUCAGGAUUACAUUGCAGCAGUUAAAGGAACAUACUUGGGUAACCAAAGAAGGAAGAUACUCCCUUCCCAAUGAGAGUGAGAAUUGUUGCUUGCUGAAAGUUAGUGCAGAAGACAUGAAUUCUGUCGUGCAGAGUAUUCCGAAAUUAGACACUCUCAUUUUAAUAAAAACAAUGCUUAAAAAACAUUCAUUUGGAAAUCCGUACGGAAGCGAAGGUUUAGCACAAUCAAAACCCUGUGGUAUUGAUCGUUUGGGCCACUUUACGCGGCCUGGGCGCUCAAAUUCAGCACCAGGAUCAUAUACCCAGUAGUUUGGAGACUUCGCUGAGGGAUGGAAGCGAUGGUGCCGAAAAUGUAGUGGGCGAAGCAACUGGAAGUGAGGCUCAGGCAUAGCUAUACAAUAAAACAAAAUUAUAAAACCCUAUUAACUGGUUAUAAUAAAUAUAAAUAAAAUUACCUGUUAUACUAUCCACAUCGAUGGCAUCAA